AUGGGUUUCAACAAGCUAUGGCACAAUUUACUGCCAAAUAUAAGUACUAGAUCUCUUGCCACUAUUAGUGAAAGUAGUAAUGAAAUUGUUAGAAGUGCUGGCAGUGGUGGUAGAAUUAGUUCAAAAAUUCUAAAGUUAGCAAGAAAUGGUGUGGAAGAUGGAAGUGCCCAUUUUAGAGUUGGUGAAAAACAAUUGUUUUUCCCAAAGGCAAGACUUAUUUUAUUAAGACCAAAUGCAAAACAUACUCCUUAUCAAGCAAAAUUUAUCGUCCCAAAAUCAUUUAACAAAUUAGAUUUAAGAGAUUAUUUGUUCCAUGUUUAUGGUUUAAGAGCAAUGAAUAUAACCACUCAGUUGUUGAAUGGUAGAUAUACUAGACAAGAUCCAUCGCGUCCAAGGAUAAGAGGACCACAAAUUAAAAAAAUGACCAUCGAGAUGUCAGAACCAUUCAUUUGGCCAGAAGAACCAACUCCGCAAGAAAAUGAAUUUUGGACAAAGGAAACUUUUGAAGAAUUAAGUUUGUCUCAUGAACAAUCAGAAAUGUUAUCGAGAGGUUCAGACAUUUAUAAGAAAGGUACUUCAUUUGAAGGUGUAGUGGGCCCUUACAAAGAACCUGCCCAACCUUUUGUUCCAAAAUUCUUAAAGAGACAAAUGGUAAACCAAAAGCAAUCACAAAAAUUAAGAUACAGCCAUAUGCAAGAUCUGCUCAAAUUGGAAAGAUAUGUCAAUAAUUAA